GAUGUGUAUGUGUGUGUGAGAGAGAAGGCGCCGGGAAUGAGGAAGAGAGUGUGUGUGUGUGUGUGUGUGUGUGUGUGUGUGUGUGUGUGUGUGUGUGUGUGUGUGUGUGUGUGUGUGUGUGUGUGUGAAGGUGCUGGAUGGAGGGUGUGUGUGUGAAGGGGGGAGUGUCGUCAGCGUUCAUCGUCACUGUGACUCGGAGACAGGAGAGCGCCCUCCCCUUCUCCUCCUCCCGCAUCCAUACCUUUCUCUUCGUCAGCCUCCACACCAGCAGCCAGUCUGCUCUCAGUUGAUCUUCCUGCACACAGCUCUCCUCCUCCUCUCUUUCUCUCUCUCUCUCUCUCUCUCUCUUUCUUACACACACGCACGCACACACACACACACACACACAUAGACACUUCAGCUGCUGCACAGACCCAGCUGAUUGAGCUGUAAGGAAGGGGAGGAAAUACAUCCAAUAGAGAAAAGAAAAGAAAAAGAAGAAGAGGAGACAGAGUAAGAGGAUCAGGAUGAGGAUGAGUGUGAGCCAUUGUCCCACACAGACUGUUGUACGGAGCUGCACGCCCCCCCUGCUUCUCCUCCUCCUGCUCCUGAGCAGCAGCAGCAGCAGCAGCAUCGGCGCUGUCCCCUCAACCUUCCAGCUGGCCCCGGACACCCCGGCCCCUGCUGAGCCCACCCCUACCCAGGCUACCCCUCGUCCAGACCCCUGUGAGGGGAGACCCUGCCUCAACGGGGGCUACUGCCUUGCCCUCCCCUCUGUCGGUAGGCCAGAGGACACCUGGGAGUACACCUGUACCUGCAGCCAGGGCUUCACUGGACAAAACUGUGAGUUUUUCACAGACCCAUGUGCCAGCAGCCCCUGUCUCCAUGGAAACUGUAGCCGGAGUGAUGGCGGGGAGGAGGGGGAACCAGGCUACACCUGUGAGUGCACUGAAGGCUACGAGGGGGAGAGGUGCGAUCAGAUCUUAUUGGAUCUGCCAGCUGCUGACUGGGACCCUGCCACCCCCUCUGCUCCUGAACUUGCCACCCCCGCUGCUUCGACCACCACAGCCGCCACUCAGCCACCUCAACCAACCACUGUCACCUCUACCAUGACACCAGCACCUCCCACCCUGCAGCCAUGGCAACCCAAAGCUGGGCAGAGGCUGCUGGUGGUACCUUGGGAGGCAGACAGGGUGACGGAGGGUCUGCACUGUGUGAGCCCUGAGCUGUGUGAGCUGACAUCAGGCACUCUGACUUUAUCUCUAGAGGUGCCUGAAGAGACAGCUGUGAAGGUGGUGGUGAAUGCCAGUGGAGCUCCAGUGCUGUGGCGUGUGAAUGAAGAGGGUUUCCUACGUUCCUCCAUUCUCAAUGGCACCACAAUGUGGUUUCUGCAGGCCAAUGAUGGACUAGUGGUGCCUGAUCACUUGUUGCCCCUGGGACAGAACUACUUCCUGAGUGUGUUGCACGUUGGCGCCCCCACAGCCCCAGAGGUCACCCUGCGUCUCAACCUGACAGUCAAAGCCAGCAGCUGUGUGGAGCCUGGCAGCAGCUUCAGUGACCCUCAGUGCUCCGGGAAAGGCAAAUGUAUCACACAGCCCUCUGAGAGCACUUUCUUCUGUGAGUGUGAGGACGGCUACACUGGAAUCUUCUGCGAGGAAUUCGAUGCGUGCCACCACAGACCCUGUCACAACAAUGGCACCUGCACCGAUGUCAGACAGGGGGGUGAAGGACGCAACUUCACAUGCGCCUGCCCUCCAGGUUAUGAAGGGGAACGCUGCCAGUUGCUGGUUGACCACUGUGUCUCUCAGCCCUGCAAGAAUGAAGCCACCUGUUUCAGCAGCCUGGCUGGACCCAGGUGCUACUGUCCCGAAGGCUACCAGGGUGCUACAUGUGAGCAGAAGGUGGACCCAUGUGCCUGCAGCCCUUGUCACAAUAACGGCACGUGCUAUGCCCAAGGCCCUGGCCCCCUGGGUUUCGGUUGCAGCUGCACAGCAGGAUUCACUGGACCGACUUGUGCCCAGCUGGUGGACUUCUGUGCCCUGAACCCCUGUGCCCAUGGGGUCUGCCGCAGCGUGGGGAACAGCUACAGGUGUCUGUGUGUCCCAGGCUACCAUGGCUUGUACUGUGAGGAGGAGUACAAUGAGUGUCUGUCGGCCCCCUGCCAGAACUACGCCACCUGCAGAGAUCUCAUCAAUGCCUAUGAGUGUGUCUGCACACCACAGUUUGAAGGUAGACACUGUGAAAUCUACAAGGAUCCAUGUCUUAAGCUGCACUGCCAGAAUGGAGGCCGCUGUGAGAGCGCAGGACUCAAUGCGACCUGUGCCUGCCCACCUGGAUACAAGGGGGAAAAGUGUGAAGCUGACAUCAAUGAAUGCGAAUGCAACCCUUGUCACCAUGGAGGCACCUGCAUUGACCAAUCAAAUGGCUAUACCUGUCACUGUCCACCUGGGUGGGUUGGGCCCAGCUGUGAGAUCCAUCUGCAGUGGAAGCCGGCACACACUGAAGACACCCUGACCAACAUGCCCCGCCACUCCCUCUACAUCAUCAUCGGAGCGCUGUGUGUGGCCUUUGUCCUUAUGCUCAUCAUCCUCAUUGUGGGCAUCUGUCGCAUCAGCCGCAUCGAGUACCAAGGCUCGUCCCGUCACGCCUACCAGGAGUUCUACAACUGCCGCAGCAUCGACAGCGAGUUCAGCAACGCUAUUGCAUCCAUCCGCCACGCCAGAUUUGGUAAGAAGUCCAGACCUGCCAUGUACGACGCCACUCCCAUCGCCUACGAGGACUACAGUCCUGAUGACAAGCCUCUGGUGACCCUCAUCAAGACCAAGGAUUUGUAGAACACAACUAUCCCAGCAAAUCUCACACACAUACACAAAUGUAUACAUGCUCACACACAUACGCAAAUGUACACACAUGCAUAUAUAUGAAAAGUCAAUAUAAAUCUUAAAGUAUUUCUUAAGAAACAAAAAAUAAUAUUAGCAAAACAUAACUGAAUGUAAAGAGGAGAAAAGACCCAAAACAUACUCUGUAGUUUAAAGAGAAAAAAAUAAAUUUGAUACACUUAUUUUCCUGUCAAAGUCCACGAUAAGGCUUUACUGUAGCAUCAGAGCUUUCUUUGCAUUACUUAAGUUAUUAAUAAUGGGUGACACUACUAGUAACCUCUGCUGUUCAAGAGUGAAUACUUUAAUCUGCACCAGACUGUCUGUCUGUCUGUCCGUCUGCUGAUAGGGCCAGCGACCCAGGAGCCUAAAUUUCUCACUGUAAACUCAGCUACCACUUCUGACAGCAGUCCUACAGGUGUUGUAGAAAUAGGUGCACUCCUCUUGGUGCAUACACUGUAUCUUUUUCUAUAUUUACAAAAGAUUCUGUAGUAGGUUGCCUUACUUUGUGCAUGGUUAGAUUUGAUGUUCUAUGCGUUAUUUUAAACUCCUUUGUACUUGGUUGUUGGUUAUAUUGCUUUUUUUUAUUGCAGUUGUAUUUAUCUCCGUCAGGAUUGUGCCAAAUAUUUUCUUUGGGGUAAUUUGUGGUCAGUAGAUCAAAUACAAACCUGUACAAAGUUCUAGAGUUUUUUUUCUCUCAAUUUUAAAGUACACAUUGUCCUGUUCUUUACAUGCAAGUUUCUUCAUGGUGUAUGAUUAGUAAAGAAGGUGGGUUUGCUGGAGUACUGUGACCCUGCCAUCCUACUGUCUGUUUUCCAGUGAUAUUUAGGAUAAUAGGUAGGUCUGUUUCUCAGUGCACAGAAAAAUAGUUGGUUUUACUCAGUGUACCUGUGUAUGCCAGUGUACAAAUUUCCCUCUUGUAUUGACAGUGUUGAAUAGUUUCUGGUUGAGAGUUUCCUUGCUGGAGUGGCCUCCUGCUAGCUUUGUGGUGGAGAAGAGAGGGGAGGAGGAGGGGGGGAGGAAACUGGGAGGGAGGAUAUCUACUCUAGGAUUUAUGUGCUUCUAUGUCCUGCCAAUGGAAAAACUCUUCUGUCUGUGCAGCUGUGUUGUUCCUCUCAAGGUCGAGCAAUGUUUUAUCAAUAGGCUCAGCUAACCUUCAGACUUUUUUUUUCUCUCAUUUGAAACACAACAACCACAUGAUUACCUAUUAUCUAUGUUGAAUGAUGUAAACAAUAAAGAUUCAAGUGAACAUAUCCCA